CUCGCUCAUCCCCAAAUUCACCAUUUCGUCUUAAUUCGACACAGUUGUCUUCCCUUUCGAACCCUAAUUUCUGAAUAUUCUGCCUCAGGUUUCCAACAAGAUUUCCUUGUUCUCUGUAUCUCCCCAAGCCAAUAGAAAUCUGUUCGAGAAAUUGUUCGCUUGCUUAUCCAAGAUUACUGUGGAUUCAAUCUCAAACAGGCCAUCUGGAAGCAUCGCAACAGCUGUACAUUCAAAGACCACUUACCUGGCAACUUCCGGAUCAACAACUACUCAUGUAAGGUGGAAGGUCCUUUCAUGGUUGGAGGAGCAAAUGUCAUGAGUUUAGCUAGUAUUCUGACAUCCAAUAAUUACUCGAAAUCGAUCACUGCGCUUUCAUUCAGUAAAUUGUUGAUGCCGCCAUUUCAGUUGAAUUUUUUUCAUGCUGUUUGGCCUUUUAGUGCCAACAAGUUCAAGAGGAAGGCGUCAUGGAGCCUUAGAAGUGCAGCCGACGGCAGCCAGCUUAAUUCCUCGCCUAAAGACGACUUAGGCGGUGGGACCAGGCUUAUCCGCAGCAUACAAGCCGUCCAGUUGAAAAUAAUAGCGCGACUAAAAGAGUUGAGAAAAAAUCUGCCGGUGAAAUUGUUCUCUUUUUUGGUGGGGUUUUAUUGCGCCACAGCUUUUGCAACAGUCAUAGGGCAAACUGGUGAUUGGGAUGUGUUGUCUGCAGCUGUAGCUGUGGCUGUUGUUGAGGGUAUUGGGGCCCUCAUGUACAGAGUCUCUAUUCCUUUGGUGGAUGACUUUAGGAAUGUAAUUGUCGUGUUCAAUUACUGGAAGGCUGGGCUCUCACUUGGCCUUUUUCUGGAUUCAUUUAAGUACUAGUUCGGGGAAGCUAAGGUGAUGUCGUAACUGACAGUAGAACAAGAAUAAACAAUGGCUGGGCUUGUUGGGGGUGGAUUACAAUUAUCAGCCGUUUAGAAAGACCAAGUGUUGUCAGGUGGUUGAAAUGCAACAAAUACCCUUGCGGCAAAUUAUCUUAUCGAAUAGUAAUUAAUGACAGAUAUCACGGUUUGUAUUGAUUAUGAGUACUCAAGGGCUUAGGUCCACCGGUAAUUGGAAGUUAUCAAGAGUAUGAAGGUUAUCAAGGGUAUAAAUGCUGUUGAAAGGUGAAGGUGUUGACAAAAAGACUGAUAUGAAAGGAUUGUGUUGGAAUGACACCCAAACCCAACCUUACAUUGUGUCCUGUAAUUAAUGCUGAUUUUCUACAAUUAUAAGUUUGAUGUAUGAGGAGAGGGUAUAUGUCUGAACAUUUUAUAUCUCCUGCAUCAAAUUUGAGAUACUAGAUAGCAAAGUUGGGUGAUAUGUGUACUGUAGUAUUUGUGGGUUAUAUUACGUUGCUUGAGUUUAGGCAUGUCAAUAAAACCCCUAGUCAGAUUACUCGUGGGUUGCCCACAUUUUCGGUUUAGGUCCUUGAGUAUAGCAGAACCGUUACUUGACUCGUUUACCUCCAAGCACACAUGUUAAUUGAAACUCCAUUUAUCUAUUCUCUUAUAUAUAUAAAAAGGAAGUGCAAGCCUUCUUUGUUCGACACGUGUCUCACCCAAGUAAAAAACGCUGCCUUUGUGUUUGCAAAACGACGUCGUUUAGGUUAGAUAGAAACGACGUCGUUUGAUUGACCUUAGGACUACGUCGUUCAGCUUCAAUUGAUAGCGUUUUCCUCCUCUUCUCGGAUUGUAGCGCCUCAUUUGUUCCGGAUUUGUUACGGAAUUAUUAUUUUUUUUAUUUGUCCGAAUUAAUUUAUUUAUUUUAUUUGUACUUGUAAUUGCCUUAAUUGUUUAUUAUUAUAGAUAAAUAAAUAAUGUGUGCGAUUAAUAAAUAUUAUCGGUUUUA